CGGAUGUUGGAAGCUCCUCCCCUUUGCUGUCGACCGUUCGUGCUUCGGUUCCCCUGUCUCUCUCUCUCUCUCUCUCCCUCCCUAUCUCAAUCUUUCUCUCUCUCUCUUUCCUCCUCCUCCUCCUCCUCCCCCUCCCCUUCCGCGAGGCUGCGGGUCAGCGCGAGCCCACUGCGGCGAAACCGUCGUCGGCAACCACCACAGUAAUAAUAAUAAUAAUAAAAAGGAGGGGCGGCGGCGGCGGCUCUUGAGGCAGCGCUUGCGAAGGGACCGAGGAGCGUGAGGGAAAAGAGGCGGAGGAGGAGGAAGGAGAAGAGGAGAGGAGGAGGAAGACGACGACGAGGAGGAGGAGGAAGAAGAAGGCCGGCACUCGGCGGUGGAUUCGGCUGCGGGGAGGCUCUCGACAACCCGCCACCAUGCAGCAACGCCAGGCAGGUCCAACACCAGUACCAGGCAGGUCCGGCACCAGCAAGCAGCCGCACCAUUCUGGAAAUGAGGCAAGCUACCCACUGGAAAUGUGCUCACAUUUUGAUGCAGAUGAGAUUAAACGAUUGGGAAAGAGGUUUAAAAAGCUUGAUUUAGAUAAUUCUGGUUCUCUGAGUGUGGAAGAGUUCAUGUCUUUGCCUGAGUUACAACAGAAUCCACUGGUACAACGAGUAAUAGAUAUAUUCGAUACAGAUGGGAAUGGAGAGGUAGACUUCAAAGAAUUUAUAGAAGGAGUCUCUCAGUUCAGUGUCAAAGGUGACAAGGAACAGAAGUUGAGGUUUGCUUUCCGUAUCUAUGACAUGGACAAAGAUGGCUAUAUCUCCAAUGGGGAGCUCUUCCAGGUUCUGAAGAUGAUGGUUGGGAACAAUCUCAAAGAUACCCAGUUGCAGCAAAUUGUAGACAAAACCAUAAUAAAUGCAGAUAAAGAUGGCGAUGGAAGAAUAUCCUUUGAGGAAUUCUGUGCUGUUGUAGGAGGCCUAGAUAUCCACAAAAAGAUGGUGGUAGAUGUGUGACUCUUUAGGACACCACCCAACACUUUUGCUUUCUUCUCCAUCUCUGAAGAUCUGCUCAAGACGUCCAGCAACGCUCUCUGUGUAUUUAAAUGGAAGUAUUUUUCUCUGUGAAGCCACAUUUUCCAACAUGAGCCUCAUGAAGCCAACUAAGUGUUAUUGAACUUUUAUUCUCUCAAUAACUCAAGUGUAGCACUUUAAAGUCUGAAGGACAGCAAGAUGGAAAGAGCAUAUCAGUGUGGUGGAGAAAGGGAAGGGGGUUGGCUUUUUAAUUUAUUUUUCUCAUCUUUUAUAACAAGAAAAUAUCUAUCUAUAUAUAUGUGUGUAUUUAUAUAUAGAUAUAUAUGUAGCUUUCUAUAUGUAGUAGUUAAGUGGGCUUUAAUUUAAUAUACUUGAUUCAGAAACAAAAAUAGAGUACAAAGUGCCAAGCAGAAUAUUAACAGUUCGAUAUAUGGAUAUACAUCUUUACUUUUAUGUCACACAGUUUUAUAUAUAUAUAGUAGAAGAAUGUAAAGUUUUAAAUGGUUGUUAGGUCAACUCUUUCCUUUUUCCUGUGACUAUUUCAAAUAUUUAUAUAUUGACUGGCAGAGAAAGCAUUGUUUCCUGUUAAUUUCCCUAAUUACAUUUUUUUGUAAGACAGGAAACUGAAGUUUGUUUAUAUACCUGUUGAUAUAUUACCAGGGACUGCAUCUUUGCUUGAUAGCUCUCAGUACAAUUCUACUUAUUAGGAUGAGAAAAUGUAAUUUAAUGUUAAUGCCAAGAACUAGUCCUUGUGUGCAAAUAGGAUUUAAAAGAUGCUUAUGGCCAUUUCAUCCCUUCACUUACUAAAUGGAUGCAGUUGCACAUAAUAUACCCUUAGUAAGCAUCAGCUGUGAUCCAUUAAGUCUAGAUAGAACAGUUGAAAGCAUUUGCAUUUGUUUCUCAGCACUUAGCUUAAUUAAGAAUUUAGGAUUAACAAGACAAUUGUAUAGAGUUCCCAUUGCACAGUGAGACUAUAAAACCUUUCUUGCCAUUAAGUUAUGUCCCAACCAUAUAGAUUCUUUUAUGCAUUUAAUGUAGUAGUUCCAAGUUGCAUAAAUAAACUGGUAAUAUUUUAUAUAUGUGUAUAUAGGAUUAUUACGGAUAUUACGGGGAAAACAUUAACCAAUGCCAUAGGGAAGGAGGAAAGCUUCACUUUAUCUAAAUUUAUACCUCUUCUUCUUCUCCAGCAUUUGGAGAGGGUUUUUUUUCUUCUAGAUUUGUCCAUAUCAUGACUUGUAAUGGAUAGUAACUUUAUAUGUGUGAUAUAAAAGUAGCGAGCCAUGUUCUACAACUUUAUAUCAUCCUUUCCUUUUCUGCAAUGGUACUAUUGGCUAGAAGAAAAAAAAAACAUUCAUUAGACUUUUAGGAUAGCGCACCCUUUCCUGUGUAGCAGUUUUUCCUAUUUAAAAGGUUUUAUAAUUGGCAAUGGAAAGGGCAGGCUGUAUGGACUUCAAUCAGCUGCCUGCCUGCCUGCCUGCCAUAGCUGUUCCUUCAACUGAGUGCUGCACAUCAUGGGCUCUGUCUGUGAGAGAGAAAUCCAGGUGCUUGGUGUCCUUGCAUGACAUGAAGUUUUGCAUGUAGAUCGAUUUGAAACGUUCCUCUUGUUUACAUGAUUUGCAUAAUUUAAAACGAUAAUGUUGCCAAACUUUGGUAAAUGUUAAAAACAGAGAAUCUCCACUACAUGUAACUUUCUUCCUCUGGAUCAGGCCGUGGCUUAGAAUCCCAGCCAGUGGGGGUAUCUGUUCCAGUGUCAACUGCCAUGCGCUCUGCUUCAAGGGGGAACUAGUCUUUUGUGAAUUUUUUGUACAUAAGUAUUUGUUACAAACAUUUUAGCAAAUGCUUUCUAUUUCUUAAUUGCUUGUGCAUAUCCUGGCUGGCGUUAUAGAAAAAUAGUGCUAACAUUACUUUCUUAUUGGGGGAUGAGCCCUUUUUUUUUUUUUUAGUUUGUGUGUGGAAAAUGCGUUAUGUUGAAUGUUUAGAUUUUCCUCUGCAUGCUACAUCAUACACUGUUGGAACUAUAGGAACCUUCAUACUGUAUGAAUAAAAAAUAAAAUAUUUGAACUUUA